UUCCGGGUUCGGUGGAGAGUUGGGGCUGCUCACCGCCUCCUUACCUCCGAGAAGCGGCGAGCCCAUGCCGGCGUCAUCCUCGGGCCGAGUCCCGCUGCACGAUCCGCAGAGCUCCGGACGCUUUUGCUACCAGGUUAUUAACUUCUUCGGAAAAAGAAAAUGGGAGGGGUUGAAAGGCUAAAUAUUCCAAUAUCACAGCCAAGCUCUGGCACUCCCAAGCAAAACCAGCACCUGAACAAUAACUGGCAUAAGGGCAAGGACAACAAUCUCAGCCACAUGAAGUUGGCAUACAAGAAGGCCCAUGAACGAUGCAUCUCUGAGACCUGUCAGACUAUGCAAAAGGAUGCAAAAAUGGUUAUGCACUUUACUGCAAGUAAUCAGAGCUGGGAAACUAUUCUGAGCACUUCUAAUACACUACUACAAUCACAGUGUGACCAAAAUUAUGCUGGAGCCAAGUUUAGUGAGCCACCAUCUCCAAGUGUAUUACCCAAACCUCCGAGCCACUGGGUACAUCUUCCCCUGGAGCCUUCUGACCACAGUGACAUGGCCUUCCAGUUGAAGACCUUACUUAAAGUGCAAGCAUAGUCUGUAGCUUAAAUAGGGCAGGUUCAAACAGAACUGGAAGCUUUGUUCUGUCAUUCAAUGCAGUUUUCAACCAUUGCCUUUAAUUACCCAUUUAAGGUGGAUAUUUGCUUA